CAGGAGAAGAGAGGCCAACCUGAGGUGCCCGCCGGCUGCCACUGGCAGUUAGUUUAGUUCUGCACUGAACUUGCGACCGAAGACACGACAGCAAUUUGCACAAACUAUCAGCCAUGGCGAGUAACAGAGCUGCAAAGUCGGGAUUCGCUGCCGAGGCGCAGAGGAAGAUAAAUAGCAAAUACAGUGAGGAACUGGCCCAGGAAUGUCUUGAGUGGGUGAAGCAGAUCACUAACGAAGACUUCAGCACCAGUGGUGAAAUGGACAACUUCUACGAAGUCUUCAAAAAUGGAACCAGACUGUGCAGAUUGGUGAACAUCAUCAAGCCGGGUUCGGUGAAGAAAAUCAACGAGUCUCAAAUGGCGUUCAAGUGCAUGGAGAACAUCAACGCCUUUUUGGACGUGGCGCGCACCCUGGGCGUCCCUGCCCAGGAGACCUUCCAGACGGUUGACCUGUGGGAGAGGCAGAACCUCAACUCUGUCGUUAUCUGCCUGCAGUCCCUCGGCCGUAAGGUAUCUGCUGGAAAUUUCGGACAACCUGGCAUUGGACCCAAGGAGGCUGAGAAGAACGUCCGCAAUUUCACCGAAGAACAGCUCAAAGCCGGACAGGGCGUGAUCAGCCUGCAGUACGGAAGCAACAAGGGCGCCACCCAGAGCGGCAUCAACUUUGGCAACACGAGACACAUGUAAAUUUCUGCAGUCCAAACGCGCACAAGUUGUAACUUAUUUUUGUCUUUGCAUCCGGCAAAGAAUGUGAACAAAAAACGAUCCUCUCUUCAUUCCUUCUUGUUUUUUCUGUCUUUUUCUUUUGUACUUGAGAGCUCUUCCAGAUUUAGAAUUAACAGAAAUAAAAUUAUGUAAGCUUACAUAUAUUUGGAAUACAAAAAAUGCCAGAAGAUGUUUUACUUUGACAGGAUUCCUUUCAUGUGACAUUACAACCUUAAACAUUUAAA